CUGUAUAAUAACAAUAGUAAUAACAACGAUAAGUACCGUCCAAAGAGAGCCUUCGGCAAUUGCGAAGCCGGAGCCAAACAGGAACUCGGAAACCUCUGCAACAAGCCCCUUGGCAUAUUUCGUGCCAUAGUUCCUCAGCACGUGCUUGGCAAUGGCCGGGUCACUGACGAUCACGAAAUUCCUUGGCCCAGCGGCGAGGCGAGGGCCCCGCCGAGGAGGUCCGACACGUCCUCCAGCUUCGCGGCGGCGACGGGGAUGGUGGAAUCGUCCUUGGGGCCGAACGUCGUGAGGGAUUUCGUGAGGGAGGUGAGCCAGUCGGGGCUAACCCAUGAGGCCGGCUUGGUGGUCGGGGGUUUGUUGUUGUUGGCGGAGCAUUUGACGGAGUGUGAUGGGAUUGGGGAUGGCACGUGGCGGCCGAGGCGGCGGAGGGGACGGUGGUGGGUGAUGGAAGAUAGAGAGGAGAGGGAAAGCGAGGACGACAUGGUGGCGGAGCGAAGCUGA